GCGACAGAGUCGCUGUUGGCAGUGUUGGCUAAUCGUAGCCGGCGGUACGACCGAGCUUUUUCCCGCCUGUCAUUCGGCCGCCACGCAUUCCGCAAGUCAGUUACCGUCCCGCGAUGGGCACGUUGCGCACCUGCCUUUGUACACUGAUCUGGGUACACAGUCUCGUCGACGCAAUAGACUCCCGACGACCGUGGUUCCCAGAACCGGUACCAAACGUGACUGUUAUAGUGGGCAAAGACGCCCUGCUCACCUGCGUGGUUCAAGAUUUACACAAUUUCAAGGUCGCUUGGGUUCGUGUCAGCACCCAAACCAUACUCUCUAUACACCACCGAAUGGUGACCGAAAAUGCAAGAAUAACGUUAUCUUACAACGACCAUCGAACGUGGUUUCUACAUAUCCGCAAUGUACAGGAGACCGACAGAGGCUGGUAUAUGUGCCAGAUCAACACGGAGCCCAUGACAAGUCAAAAAGGAUAUCUACAAGUUGUCGUCCCUCCGAAAGUGAUCGAAGAAGAAUCCAGUAUGGAUCUCAUAGUGAAAGAAGGAUCGGAUAUGGUUUUACAGUGUAAAGCUCAAGGGUAUCCCGAACCGUACAUAAUGUGGCGAAGAGAAGACGGUCUGGAUAUAAACUACAACGGUAUUACAGUGAACGUGAUCGACGGUGAAAAGUUAAUGAUCAGAAAAGUCAGCAGAUUACACAUGGGAUCUUACCUGUGCGUGGCUUCCAACGGGGUGCCACCCACACGAAGCAAACGCAUCAACGUCACUGUACACUUUCCUCCGAUGUUGAUGAUUCCUAAUCAAUUAGAAGGAGCUCGGAUAGGAGACUCUUCGAAACUGGAAUGCCACUCGGAAGCGAAUCCUCCUUCGAUCAAUUACUGGACGAACGAGCGCGGGGAUAUGAUCGUUUCCGGUUCUAGAUUUUUAGACGAUAAAAUCAGAACUGGAUACGUGUGCAAAAUGAUUUUGCACAUAUCCAACGUCAGUGUUGCAGAUUUCAGUAGUUACAGAUGUGUAGCAGUAAACGCUCUCGGCGAGACUGACGGCAUCAUUAAGCUUUAUGAAAUCACAACUGCUGUUGAAUCAUCAAAUGAAAUACUUUUUGAAGGUGAAAACUACAAAUACAGUGUCAAUGUCACCGAAGUAACGGAUUAUUUGGAUGAGACGACAGGUGCCAUCUACGACAAUGUUACUAGCUACGUUUCAUCUAGUCAUACACUUGCUCAUAGUUUUGUUUUAUAUUUAAUAUUAAUAUCAAUUAAAGACAACUUGUUAAAUAUUGUGUAAGUAUUGUAUAACGAGUAGGGAUUAAAUUUUAAUAAUAUACCUAUGUAAUAUAAUUCGUAUACCUAUAAUUAUCAAUUAUUCUACUGUGAACUUAUGUUUGUUUGUUUUUUUUUUUGUUCAUUUAUUUGUUCAUUAUACAGUGUCAAACACGCAUUUCAAUUUAUAAACCACGUUCUUAUUCACGUCAACUAGGUAGUUAAUUUCUCAACGAUAUUGUAAUAUAUUGAUUUUUUUUUUUUUUGUUAUUUUACAUGUUGGCACUCAUCAGUAAUCCUUUGUAUAUUAUAUAGCCAUGAGUAAUUAAUUUAGUUUUUGUACAGUACCUAUUUGGUCAUAUGAAUGGUGUCUACAGAUUAUAGUUUUUAAAACUUUCCGGUGGUUUUAUACAAAAUGUACCUACGGUGAGCUGUGAAAAACUGGAAGUAGAAUAAUAAUAUUAUACCUAAUAUUGUAAUAUAUACCGGUAUAGGUAAUAACCUAAUUAUGUAUACCAAACUAUACCAAUCCCUUGAAUGUUUAACAUUCAAAAAUUAAAAUAUAAUCCCUACUUAUAAAGAAAAGUGUACUUUGACAAUAAUCAACGCUGAACCAAACCUAUUUGAGUUAUCGAAUUGAAAUUUUGAUGACAGAUUAAUAUUAUAAUUUCACAU